GUCAUAGUUCCACUACAUCUAACUGCUUUCACAUGUCAGAAGGUCACCUUUAUUACCCGACAGGUUGUUAUUGUUUUCAUAAUUGUACAGUAUUUAGUAACUACUAUCCAAUAAUUCACCAAAAAAGAAGCAAUAAGUAAAUGGUAUAACAUGUUUAGUUGACAAUAAAAGAGAGAUAAAAGGAGAAUUACGAUGAUUAGAGUGCAUUAGAUUUAACAAAUCUUAUCUUAAAAAAAUGGUAAAUGGAAUAGUUUGCAUUUUGAUUACUGUUUUAGUGCAAAAUGUGAUAGUUACUAAUACCGCUUCUUUAAAGUCAGUUCGCUGCAUUUAAAUAUUAGUGUUUAAAGCUGGAACACAAUUACAGAAAGAUGAAUUUCAAGUUAAUGAUACUGUCACUAUUUUCAUUCCUUACCGUUCAAGUUGUUACAGUUAACGCCUUGACAAUAUCUUUUAUACCAAAUAAUGUUACAAUCCAUGAAGAUGAUAUUAUAACAAUAGAAUAUAAUGUUACGGACUUUAAUGCAACAGAAGAUGAAGAGGAAUUUAUUAUUGACACUGAAGAUGAGAAUAUAGUCUCUAUAGAAAGGGAUGUAAUUUUAUCACAUCCUCAAUUGAAUUUAAGAGGACUGUUUAAUGUAACUGGAAAAUUUUUAGGAAAAACUACAGUAAUUUGUAAAAAUGUGAAAACAAACUUACGAGCUAAUGGAGAUCUGAGUGUCAUUGUAAUUAGAAAGAACAGAAUAAUUGACACUGUUUUCACAGUAUCGGUGGCUAUUUUUGUUAGCAUAAUUUAUAUAAAUUUAGGAUGUGCUAUAAACUGGUCAGAAAUCCCAACUAUUCUAAAAAAGCCUAUUGGCCCAUCUAUAGGAUUUUGUGGACAGUUCAUUCUGAUGCCUUUGCUUAGCUAUGGGCUUGGACUAAUUUUAUUUCCCGAUAACCCAGAAAUGCAACUUGGGUUAUUCUUUUCGGGAGUUGCACCACCUGGCGGGUCCUCAAAUAUCUGGGCAGUACUUUUAGAGGGGAACCUUAGUCUAUCUAUACUAAUGACAACCACAAGUACUGUUGCUUCUUUUGCAACAAUGCCUCUUUGGAUUUUUACUUUGGGAAAAGUGAUUUUUGACAAGGGAAAUUUGGAAGUACCCUACACUCAAAUUACUACUUAUGUAUUAGCAUUAGUCAUUCCUUUAGCCAUUGGGUUCUUUAUUCAAAGGAAGUAUAAACGUUUUGCUGAUUUUAUGAAACAAAUACUGAAAGGAUUAUCCAUUGUUCUUCUUUUGUUCAUUAUUAUUUUCGCAUCUGUAACUAAUAUCUAUUUGUUUAAACUGUUUUCAUGGAAGAUUAUCGUAGCUAGCAUGGCACUGCCUUGGUUGGCUUAUGUUCUGGGCUAUUUUACAGCAUAUCUAUUUGGACAGCCAUAUUCAAACAGUAUAACCAUUGCCAUGAAAAUCGGUAUCCAAAAUACUGGUAUACCAAUAUUUUUACUUAGAUUUGCAUUGCCACAGCCCGAAGCAGAUCUAAUUACAAUUGUUCCAGUUUCGGUAUCGGUAUUUACACCGAUUCCCUUGAUAUGUUUAUUUAUUUGUUUAAAAGUUUGGACAAGAUUGUCACAGAAAAAAAGAGAACUGAAGAGUAAUACUGGUAUUGAUAAUUUGGCUACGUGUACUUAAAAUGAUUUUUUUUUCAUCGUUGCAAAUCAUUUUGUAAUUUAUUCUAGAACAAUGA